AACCCUCCUUGGUGGCGGAGCGGAGCCCGGCGCGCCAUGGCACUCGGAGCGGGGCGCCCUUCUCCGCCGAGAGCCCUACCGGCGGCCCGGGAUGCCAAGAUGUCCGGACUGCAAGCCUGCACUGUGCUGAGAGGGAGAUGACUUGAGUGGCCAGCUUUUUUUUUUUAUCUCCACAACAAUGUCUAUGAACAAUUCCAAACAGCCAGUGUCUCCUGCAGCUGGGCUCCUUUCAAAUACAACUUGCCAGACGGAAAACCGGUUUUCGGUAUUUUUUUCAAUCAUCUUCAUGACAGUGGGGAUCUUAUCAAACAGCCUUGCCAUUGCUAUUCUCAUGAAGGCCUAUCAGAGAUUUAGACAGAAGUCCAAGGCAUCGUUUCUGCUUUUGGCCAGUGCCCUGGUCAUCACAGACUUCUUUGGCCACCUCAUCAAUGGAGCUAUAGCGGUCUUUGUAUACGCUUCUGAUAAAGACUGGAUCCGCUUUGACCAGUCGAACAUCCUUUGCAGUAUUUUUGGUAUCUGCAUGGUAUUCUCUGGUCUGUGCCCACUUUUUCUAGGCAGUGUGAUGGCCAUUGAGCGAUGUAUUGGAGUCACCAAACCAAUAUUUCAUUCUACGAAAAUUACAUCCAAACAUGUGAAAAUGAUGUUGAGUGGAGUGUGCUUGUUUGCUGUUUUCAUAGCUUUGCUACCCAUCCUUGGGCAUCGAAACUAUAAAAUUCAAGCAUCGAGGACCUGGUGUUUCUACAAAACAGAGCACAUCAAAGACUGGGAAGAUAGGUUUUAUCUUCUUCUCUUUUCUUUUCUGGGGCUCUUAGCCCUUGGCGUUUCGUUCUUGUGCAAUGCCAUCACAGGAAUUACACUUUUAAGAGUUAAAUUUAAAAGUCAGCAGCACAGACAAGGCAGGUCUCAUCAUUUUGAAAUGGUCAUCCAGCUCCUGGCUAUAAUGUGUGUCUCCUGCAUUUGCUGGAGUCCAUUUCUGGUGACAAUGGCCAACAUUGGAAUAAAUGGAGAUCAUUCUCUGGAGACCUGUGAAACAACACUUUUCGCUCUCCGAAUGGCAACAUGGAAUCAAAUCUUAGAUCCCUGGGUGUACAUUCUGCUGCGGAAGGCGGUCCUUAAGAACCUCUACAAACUGGCCAGACGCUGCUGUGGAGUGCAUGUCAUCAGCUUGCAUGUGUGGGAGCUUAGCUCCAUUAAAAAUUCCUUAAAGGUUGCUGCUAUUUCUGAGUCCCCAGUUGCAGAGAAAAUAAAUCAGCAAACGCCUGGUUUAAUAGGACAGUAAGGCAGUGUAAAUCUAGGGCAACUUUCAGGCAAGUUUUGUCAAUAUUUCAGUUAAUUGGAUAGAGAUAGAAAGCCUAACUGGAAAAUUCAGACCUCAGCAGUUAGUUUGGGGGUACUUUUGUCAGAUUCGGCUGUUGAAAUUUGUUAAAUUCACUGUACAAUUGCAUCUUUUCACUUGUUUUUGUCAACUGGAGGUAAACAUGAUGCGAUGAUGCCAUGGGAGUCAAAAUGAAAAAAAAUUUGGCUUAUUUGUGUUAUUCACACUUUUGGAAUGAGUGACUCUGUUGAAGCCUAAAGCAUUUGCAUGUCCUAUUUGUCAAAGAGCAUCUUUCUGUUGACUUGCACAGGCAAAGAGCUGUUUGGGUGUCAUUGUUCUGCAGCUGUUCCUGAUAAACGAGGCUCAUGAAGUGGAGCAUGCUCAUUGUGGGGUCUGGUCUGUUAUACCCCUCAUUAUGUAGCUUCAAUCAAUGUAUGUACGCUCAUGUCUCAUGGGAUUCACGGUGGCUUUUUAUAGUGACCUCCAUGACACCAGGUGUGGCCAUCAGGUUGCCUGACCUCGUGAGGCUCCUUAGAACGAGCCUAUCCUUGUCAUGUUGACAAAUAUGACUGCUUGCAUGUAUUAUUGUGAAGGUAAAUUGUUGCUUGAAGGUUUUUUUGUGUGAGUCAUAGAUUUGCCCAGUUUUCACAUAAUCUCCUUUUCCUCUGAAAGUUCUAGUGCACAGUAAAUAAUUUUUUGAGAAACAAAGGCUCUAUCUCAGCACAUAUCUGGGUGAUUUGCCUUAUAGCAGUUCCUAUGAAGCUCUGGCACAGAUAAUGCAAACAAACAGAACUUAAAACCAUGUGGAUAGGUACAAAGCAUAUUGGCAAAGAAGUUCUACUUUGAACUGCCAUUUCUGUAUUAGAGAACAAAAGAAACACAAUCUAUAUAUAAUAUUCAAAGACUAUCUGCAGCUAGAGUGUUUGUGCUUUCUACACACACACACAGCAUAUCAAAAAUUUCUGUUGAAAGCUAGUUCAUUAAAUCUGUAAGAUGGCAUCUUCUAGAGCCUAUGUUACCUAUGUCAAGGGGAAAAUUGGCAAUUAGUCAGGCAUUUGGUGAUCAUUAUUACGGGUAACCAAGAGAUCAGGGGAUAAUGAUCUCUCUUCAAAUUUCUCAGUAAUACUUCAGACUUCUUUGCUUCUUUGUGUAAUUCAACCCCCCAAAUUUUAGUAAUCAUUGAAAAUGUCCUGGGGCUAGCAGAACAUAGGGUAGGGAGUUCUGCUUCACAGUAAGGAAAUGUAUUUCUGUAAAAGAAUUACUGCUUUCAUUACUUGUGGUCCAUUUAAAAAAUUAACCUUCUCUGUGAGACUGAUUUCACGUUCUCCAGGAAAUCUAUGUGUCUCAGCUAGACUUAAAUUAUUAUAUUCACAAAUUUUUGCUUUUGACUGGUAAUAUACAUUGGAAGUUGUCAACUUUUGUGAAUUUUGGUAAAUUCUUAUGAACAAAUGAAAAGAAAUUAAGCAAAUAACCUCAUUGAAGAUUUAAAGGAAACCACUUUUUUCCAGUGAAUUUAAAGAGGGGAAAUACACACACACACACACACACACACACACACACUCACACAGGGGCACAUGAUAUUCUUAUUUUAAGACCAGUAAAUGAUGAAUCACACAAAGUUAGGUUAUUCUCAUAUAUAGAAUACAUAGUAGUUGCUCAUAAAAUACUUGCCAAGUUGAGUUACAGACAAGAGUUUUUUUGAUGCAAAAUGGGCAUGGACUUGCAAAGUUUUUGUGCAUUUUUACUUAAAAUGACAAUUACAUAUUGGUUAUUUUGAUAUAUAUAUGUGUGUAUAUGUAUAUUUAAAUAUCCGGUGUAUAUACUUAAAAAAAAAAAGCCAUUGCAAUUUGUGAUUGCUGUUACAUUACAGGAAUGUUCUCAUGUGUUUCAAGAGCACUUAAAGCCUAGAACACUGAGAUGGCUUUAGAGGAGACAUUUAUUUCCCACAGCUCCUUAAGAGAGUGUUGGUGUCCUGGGAGCUGAGUCACAAGGAACCACAGCUUCAUCCUUCCUCCUCAUGCUGGAUAGGAUGCUGUAGCAAACAUUUCCAUGUAUUGUGACCCGGGAGACGCAUGCAGAGAAACUCUUGUUCAGGGCUCCCGGCCUCUUCUCCUUAAGGGUUCUAAGUAAAUGGCAUCAUGGUUGUUCUAUUGCCAUGAUGUCACCCUGGCCACAUAUAUCUACAGUGAGGAGAUACUGUGACCUUACCAUACGUGGGAAUGCAUGGGCGUGUAAGGUGUUAGGGAAUGACAGGGCAGUCACUCUCUGCAUAUCCUGGAAGGAUUCUCUUUAUUAUCUGAGCACAGGCUUAGGGCAACUAAGUUGGUUUAUAAUGAGGUUAAACCCAAGAAGUAGACACCAAAAAUUGAAAAAAAAAAAGUAGUAAAAGAAUAUGCAUUUACAUUGUGUUAAGCCUUUUGUCCAAGGAAAAUGAAAUAAAGUGAACACAAUAUGCAUAUAUCUGACUUCAGAAUUUUAUUUCUGUUAUUAUAUAUAUUUCAGUGUAGUUCAGCAUCUUAUUGUGUGUUGAACAAUAGAGUGUAGCAUCCAUCAACCACUUUCAUAGAAAUGUUCAAAGUGAAAAUACACUUGUUCCGAUUACUGGAAACAAAUAGUACAAAUAGUGUUCACCAGGUUAACCAAUUUUGAAAUUUUAAGUUCUGUUUUAAAAUUUAUAAUUAGACUGUCAGAGCAACUGAAUUGCCCUUCUCAUUGGGUAAAGUAGUAUCAAAGCCACUUCACUUACUAUUUGAUCAUAUUACUUCUGGGAAAAUUUAUUAUUCUGGGCAAAUGACUUGCAAAAGCCAGGCUUUUUCUUUUGUUAAUGAAUUUAAAAACUGAGACAAAAAAAGCCAACAGCAUAUGGGUUUUUAUGAUUAUGAAUACAAAGAUAAUGCUGACUCAUAAUUAGUUGUAAGUGCAUCCCAAUGUAUCACACUUUUUACUGAGGAUUUAACUAAGUGCAGAAAUAUUCUACAUUUUUUCCUAAAGGCUGAAAGUUCCUUUUAAUUAUUUGUAUUGCUGAAGUGCAAAAUACCUAAAAGUCAACUCAUACACACACACACACACGCACGGACACAGAUGUAUCUGUCUUACGCAAUAAAUGGUCUUGUUUGCUCAUUUUCAGUCUUUAGUAGAAAAACCCACUUUAGUUUUGAGUCUAAUCUGAACUUACAUCCCAGAUAAGAGCACUUGCUAAACACCUGGAUGAACUUUUUGUGAAACUUGCUGUUAGCUUUGCCUGUAUCACCAUCAUUGCUCCAAAUUAAUAAAUGAAGGUCAGAAUAUGAAAGAUGAGAAUGCACAUUUUCUUACUUCUUCAUCUGGGUGUCAAAUAUUUUACCACGUGGUAAAUAAUGUUGGACUUCAACUUGUUACUGAGGUAUUUUAACAGUAGAUACAAUGUGUUAUGUGAAUAUAUUUUGUGUUCUUCAUACUUGCUGGACUGUAUGAGAUUAAACAGUGAUAUGUAUAUUUUGUGACGUGUAUCAGUGUGCAACUCAUGUAAUUUUAGUGUUUUGACUAGUUUAAAACUUCAAACAGAUGAUUUACAAUAAACUUGGACUAGUGUUUAUCAA